AUGGGCGUUCCUCUUGUUGGCUGUGCAAGCCACCGCUGGAACUUGGCGUUAAAGGCGUUUUUGGCCCCCUAUGAGGCCGAUCUCUGCGUAGUCCAACGUCUGAUGAAGAAACUCAAGACACUCAGUGAAGGUGCCAAGCUCAGGCUGGUGACGCCGCUUCGACCCGUACUUCGUCAAGAGACGCGUUGGGGCUCAACGCAUGCCAUGCUGCGUCGGUAUUUUGAAUUUCGUGGCUUUUUGUCCAUGGAUGACGAUGAAUUGGCGGAGUUUCUUCCAUCGCCGGCAACCCACAGCCGACUCAAAGCCCUCUUGAACGAGCUUUCGGACUGCGAGUCCGUUUCUCUUGCGCUACAAGGCGACGACGUUGAUCUUCUAGGGGCGCCCGACCUACUGGAUGGGCUUAUUGCAGUUAAGCCCAUUCUAAAAACCUACAUUGGAGCAUCUGCGAAUAUUAUUCACUCUCCUGGAUUCGAGUCUGGAUGCUGCAAGGUUCUAGCUGAGUGCGAGCCACAAGCCGUGGCGCUGCAGAAGGAGGGGUUUGCUGAGCGCAUUCUCAAAAAGCGCAAGGUAAAGCCAUGUGUGGCCUCUUACCCACUGGUGAGCGCAAUUCCGCCGACUUCCAACAGAGUGGAGCGUCUUUUCAGCGUGGCCCGAGCCAUGAUCGGACAUGAACGCCAAGCUCUUUCACCACUAGCUGUGGAAAUGCUGCUCUUCCUCAAGGUCAACGCUUCGCACUGGGAUGUUGAAGUUGUUGACAGGUGUGUGUAA